AUGCUCGGUGCACCAAUCAGUAGAGACACUCCAAGAAAAACUCGAAGUAAAACUCAAUUUUUUCAGGGUCCAAUUGUUUCUCUCAUUACAGAGAAGUGUACGUACGAAUGGGGGAACCCUUCUAUUAAUUAA